UUCUCACUCAUAUAUUCUCUCUCUCUCUCUCUCUCUCUGACACACACACACACACACACACACUCUCUCCUGGAUUUGCAGAAGACAGACAUCUAGGGCACUUCUUGGCAUCCACAGGAAAAUCAUAUGGGAUUACAAACCCACAGCAGAAUUGCUAAAAGCUGCCCCUCGAGGAUUACAAGUUCACCUUCUGCAUUUACGGCUGCUUGUUUACCAUCCAUGUGGUAACCUCUGGACAGCCAGGAAUCCAUUCAUUAUCCCAGCGACCGAGCGCGGGAGCAGCGCCGUGCUAACUACUUCACUCAGCUGACAGCAGACAACAAAAGGAGGAAAACGAUGAAUUCGGACAAUUUAACCUCCCAAAGCUUCCUCUCUGCGAUUCACAGCAACACCAGCAAUUUGUUCUCGGGGCUCCAGUUUGUUCAGUCCUUCAAGCCACUCAUCAUCCCCUGCUACUCGCUGGUGGUUUUUAUUGGAGUCAUUGGGAAUUACCUUCUCAUUUAUGUCAUCUGCAAGACAAAAAAAAUGCACAAUGUCACCAACUUUCUGGUAGGCAAUCUGGCUUUCUCAGACAUGCUCAUGUGUGCAACCUGUGUGCCCCUGACCCUGGCCUAUGCUUUUGAGCCCCGGGGUUGGGUUUACGGGCGCUUCAUGUGCUACUUUGUUUUCCUGAUGCAACCUGUCACCGUGUUUGUGUCUGUGUUCACCCUGACUGUCAUAGCUGUGGACAGGUAUUGUGCCACGGUGUACCCGUUCCGCAGGAGGCUCACCAUCCCCAUCUGUGCUUACAUCCUGGCUGCUAUUUGGCUGCUGAGCUGCACUUUGGCUGCCCCAGCCUUGGUCCACACCUACCACGCAGAGUUCCCGGAGCUGGACUUCUCCAUCUGCGAGGAGUUUUGGUUCCACAUGAAAAGAGAUCGCUUGGCUUAUGCCUACAGCACCCUCAUCAUCACCUAUGUGCUGCCCUUGGCUGUCAUCUCCCUGUCCUACCUGAGGAUCUCAGUCAAGCUGAAGAACCGUGUAGUCCCAGGCAAUGUCACCCAGGGCCAAGCUGAGUGGGACCGUGCCAGGAGGAGAAAGACCUUUCGCUUGCUGGUCUUAGUGGUGGCUGCCUUUGGAGUCUGCUGGCUGCCCCUGCACAUCUUCAACAUGAUAAAGGACAUCGACAUCAGCUUGAUUGACAAACAGUACUUCAACUUCAUCCAGCUGCUGUGCCACUGGUUUGCAAUGAUGUCUGCUUGCACCAAUGCCUUCCUCUAUGCCUGGCUCCAUGACAGCUUCAGGGGAGAGCUGAAAAAAAUGUUUGCCUGGAGGAAGAAGAAAAUUGGACCCGCUACAAACUGCAUUAUGGCCAGUGUGGUGCUGUAAACGAGAGCUGGUGGGAGUGCACUUCCUUUGUAUAUUAACAUUCAACAAGAUGCUUCACUGAAAGUCCCAUGGAGGAGCUGCAGAUGCAUCUGAGGGAAUAUCCAGAAGAAGAUAAUGGCAAAAAUCUCUACACCUACAUUUCCUACAAUUUCUGCAUUUCCAUGAGGCACUGGAGACACACAGCAGCAAGAGGACUGCAAAGAGAAGUUUGUGGCUUUCCAGGGUGGAGAUGAGAUCUGCCCCUGCUGCUGAGCUCGGCUCUGGGUUUCCAGGUGCUGGAAAGGCAGCUGGUGGCUCCCAGCAGCAGGAGGAGUUUGAAUGCUGUGGUUUGGAAGGAGCUGGUGCUGGGUGUGGGGCUGAGGAUCACUCAGUGCAGCUCAGGUUCUCCCCAGCAGCAUCACCAGAAAAGUGACGUGCUCAGCUCGAGGCAGCUCUGCUCUGGGGGGUUUGAUCAGCUCGAGGUGUUGUGUCUCUUCUUAGAGCUUCUCAGCCACAAGGAGAUGUGUUUGUUUACUCCAGCACUCCCACAAGAGAGGUGAAAAUGUGAGAGCAAAUGACACAGGAGCCACCCUGCACUGUCCCAGGCUGCCACCACCCACAGCUCGAAUUUGGGAGUGGGAAGGAGAGGCACAGACUGUGCUGUGAGCCAACCCCCUCUUGGGCCCGUGCAGGGCAACAAAGAAAGAAAAAAAAUAAAAUUUCUGAACUUCAAGCUAUCAAUACCAGCCAAAGGGUAAAUGUGUAAUCACCCAGAGGCUGUUCCUGAAUGAAUGUAGGAGCCACUCAAGCCUUCUUGGUCCCUCACUUGUGGCGUGUCAGCUCCAUGUGUUUGCUUUGUGGUAUCUUUCUUCCCUCCCCUCAGUGCAAUGAGGGCAAGCCAGGCAAAAGCAGGAGCAUUAGGGUGAGGUCCACAUCCCAUUUCUGUGCAGUCUAGAGGCAGAGGAGUUGAGGGCAGAUGCACUUGUCAAAGGGUUUUUUUAACAAAAAUAAUGGAAAGGUUUGGGAUGGAGUUCCAAGGCAAGUGCUCAACCCACUCCUCAGCAACUAGAGGAAACUGGAUGAAGUAAGGUGACAAAAAUUAAAUAUCAUGUGCAAGAGUUAUGAGCUAAAUAACCAAUAUAUAACACAUACAAAGUAUUUCAAAUCAUUAACAUGACAAAAUUAUCACUCAGCUUUGGAAUGAUUUCCCCUCAAUUAUUGGAUCAUUUUAAAAUUCAACAUCUGUUGUUAAUAUGCAUAGAUUAAAAAAAGAAAAAUAAAUUUGAAACCAUCUGAAGCACUAGACAGCAUAUGGCAGACCUGUUUAAUCUUAACAAAUCAAUUAUACUAUCAUUGUGAAUCACUUCUUCAUUAAAACAUGUAUUAAUGUCUGUUGUAUAAAAUAAUGUCUAUUUGUAAAAGCCUUUUGUGCCACCCAUGCAACUGUCACUUGUCACAGCUAAUUCUAGAUUGCUUUGAUACUGUCUCCUCUUGGAAAAUUGUCACAGACUGAAGGCAGAGGAAAUGCAAAUCAUCACCUGUCAAAGUUCUGACAACAACACAAAGUGCAGGGAAGAUUUUGAAGACCUGUGUUUUGUUGCAGUGACAAAAAUAUGAGUUUCUUUGCUUUUAAGGCAUUGUGAAAAGCACUGUUCCAAAGAGUUCUGACCCAAAAAACCCCCCUUGUAACAGUGUCUGACAACACUUGCAUUAUUUCACAGUUCUUAGCACUCUUUGUUUAUUGCUAAAUGACGAAACUGUUCACAUGAAGUAGUUUGGAAUGGCACUACCCACCUGUAAGUGCUGCCUAAAUGUCUGCAACACCCGAAAAUUUAGAAGAAAUGGGGAUUAAAUGCCAGACUGCCCAGAUCCUGAAGUCAUUGGUUGGAUAAAGGCAUCAGAACAUUGAAAAGUUAUCUUUCCACUGUUGCCUGAGAAGACUUACCUCCUCCCCCUCUCCCUCCCCACGUAUUUAAGGAAAGGCUCUUGAAUUUCAGGCUAUUAUUUUCCAUGCAGAGAUCUCCCUUCAGCUCAGUAUGAGGCACCCAAACUCAGAGAUGCAGGAUUUGAA